GCAUCCAACAAACUCAUAAAAAACGUCCACUAGUAUCGACGCUCUGUCUUAAUGUCCGUUAAUGCCCCUGAUUUUCUUCGCUCUGGACAUAAGGUGAGGUUCCUACAGACCUACGAGCACCUGCCUUUUGACGCCUUUUACGAUCAUAAUUAAUAUAUCAUCAUCUGUCGGCCGUUUUACACUUUUUUAUUUUAUUUACACGCACACAGCGUGCUGAUCUCUGUAAAAAUUUACAUCACAUCGAAUUAUAUCACGGAGUGGAUUGGAGUGUUAUGCAGCUAUCUGGAAAGACAAUUUUAAAUCAAAAUGGAGGAUAGAUUAAUAAUCAUAGUUCUGCUCCUGUCAAGCAACAUUUUUGCACAAGUAAUCAACCAACCGCAACAAGUCUUUCAAACGAAUCCCCCAAUGCAGACAUUUCAAGCGCAGGGAGUUCCGUUUCAAGGGGUCCAGGCUUCGCCAAACCAAAUUUCAUAUACGCCAUUUCAAACUGUUCCAUUUCCUUCGACAUUUAAUAACGCACAGCAACAAUCGCAGGUUGCGACGCAGCCUCAGUUAUCGCUUGGAGGCCAGUUGCAGCCACUGGAGCAGUUGACGGGAAACAAUCUUCUUCAACCAAAUAACCCCCAACAAAUCCAGCUUCAGGGAACAACCUUCCAAGCAGCCCCAGGCACGUCUCUUCAACCCUUCGUAUCUGCUCAACCAACGCCACCCGCAACUAUUGAUUCAAACGUACAAAAAACAAUUCAAAACACCGUCGAAGAAGCUCAAAAAAUUACACAAAAUGCCGCCAAUCAAAACUCUGGAACCGAUUCAAAUGGUGUUGUUUCAAAGGACACUUCUUUAAAUGGAAGCAUCAUAAGAUACAAUGGGAAAGUGUUCAUCGCAGAACUUAACGGCCAAAUGGUAGAAGCGCCAGCCCUGGCUCAUUUAGUCGGUCGGCAGAUAGUAAACGGGCAAAUUAUUACUCAAGAUGAUUCAAGUAUGGCGGGUGUCCGACAAAACAACGUUGCCGCCACAAAUGGAUUAAUGCCACCCGCAAUGCCACCAAUGAAUGGUCCGAAUCCCAUGAAUAAUAUGAUAUUUCCCAACCAACAAUUCCUUCCUCCAGGUCAGGCGCCAAUGCAACAGCAACUUCCGUUUCCGGGACAGAUGAGACCAAACCCAAUGCAAAAUAUGCUAUUUCCGAAUAGACAAUUCAUGCUUCAAAAUAGACAAAUGCCUGUGCAACAAAACAUGAUUGGACAGUUUUCUAUGCAGCGUCCGCCGAUGCCUUUUCAACAAAACCCUAUGCUUCGGAGGCCGCCAUUUAUGAGGCCACCCAUGCCGUUUCCUAGGCAACCUGGAGGAUUCCGCCCGGGACCGCCGAUGAGACGAUUUGGCUGAAGUUCAAGUCUGACUUUAAGGCGCGAGAUCUUCGGGAAACGUCAGGGUGCGGUUCCAGUUGCAAAGAGUCCCUUAUCUUCUCACAUAUUACAACGGCCAGCAUGUAUAUCAUAAAAGGAUGGAAGAACCUUUCAGCAUGUAAAAUAGAAACAAUAUUUUACGUACAGAAGACGAUUCUCUUAUACUUACAUGUACAUUGUAGUGGAUUAAAUUGGGUCAAAAUAAAUGAUAAAUUAAGA